AUGGAUUCAGAUGUUGAGCCCAAGGUGAAAGGGGACGGAGGCAGGCAGGAUGAGAAUGACCAUGAAAUGGCAGAUGCACCUGUCCAAGACGCCGCUGUUCCUCCAGAAGCACCUCCGGCCGCGUCUCAAGCCGCAGUCUCAAACCAGACAGAUUCCAAAUUUGCUCCUCCUUCCUCAGAUCCAGAUCAUCUCCCACCCACACUUCAGCAACCAACAGACCCAGCCUCACCAACAGCCAACCCCAGCACCACCAUCCUGGAAACGACGGAGAAGCCUCACGAACCGCAAAAGAUGGCUCCCAAGAAGAAGGGUACCGCUGCAAUCAAGAAGACGCCAAAGCGGCCCAAGGGCGGCGGCGGCACCAAGGCUGGCAGGCCGAAGAAGCAGGCCGACACCGUCUCCACGACGUCGUCGACCAACCUGCAGGAGGAGCCGGGCGGUGGCUCGGACGAAGAAUCCGACAACGGACCGUAUUGCAUCUGUCGCGGCCCCGACGACCACCGCUUCAUGAUCUCGUGCGACGUCUGCGAGGACUGGUUCCACGGGGAGUGCAUCGACAUUGCUAAGGACGUUGGCGAGAACCUCAUCGAGCGCUUCGUGUGCCCUAACUGCACCGACGUCGAGAAUAACGUCGUCAGCCUGUUCAAGAAGAUCUGCUCCUACGGCAAGUGCGUCAAGGCCGCCCGUCUAUACGGCGAUGGCGAGAAGAGCGCCUUUUGCUCCGACGAGCACAAGCAGCUGUGGUGGGAGAAGGGCAUCGCCUCGUUGCCCAAGAAGUCCUUGGCUAAAAACACCCAGAACGGACUGACCCAGGAGGAGCUCAUGGCUCUUUUGAACAGCGAUCUGGCCGCCGUCGAUCCGGACGAUGGCCAGUGGAGGGUCCAAACUCGUCCGUUCGCUCCCCCGGCCACUGGAGCCGAGAGUCCCGAGGCUAAGAGUAAGACUCUCGCUCCCGGCAUCCUGACUGAGGAGGAGGUCGACAUCCUCAAGACCUCGGCCGCCGAGCGCUACAAGAUGGGCGAGGAGGUCGUCCUCUGCCAGAAGAUGCUGCAGCUGCUCGACUGGGCCAGCGACCGGCGCAAGUCUCUCAUCGCGUCCAAGCACUUCGACGACGCGGCGUGCGGUUACGAUGACCGGCUCGACCAAGUCGGCGUCGUCGGGCCCUUUGCCAACUGGCUCCACUCAGACGAGGCCAAGGAGAUCUUCAAGGCCGGCAGCCUCGACGUCGGCAGCCGGCUGAGUGGCGACGACAAGAACAUUUGCGACAAGAAGCGCUGCAAGGCGCACCAGGGCUGGUACUCGAUCCACACUAGGGACGUGCGAUACCAGAUGAAGCUGCUGGCCAUGGACGCAAACAAGAAGCUCGACAAGGAGCGCCUGAUCAAGCAGUCGGCCGCCGAGCGGAAGCUGAGGAAGGAGGCCGAGAAGAAUUACGUCCAGGCCGUCCUUCCCGAUGGAACUCUCGGACCACCCCGGUCUGCGUGA